UCUCCUUAGCAACCGUUGUGGCGCUGCCUGCAGACGCGGCGGCGGCGGCGGCGGCGGCGGCGGCGGCGCCGCCUGUGUCCGGAGCCGCUUCUGGCGCCGGCGGAGCAGGCCCGGCCCGAUCAGCUGCCUUCCCCAUGGCGUCUAACUAUCGACCAAGUACCGGGCAGCGGAAGAAGCCUAAUGUAAAAGUCGAAUUGACUGAGGAACAGAAACAAGAAAUUAAGGAGGCCUUUGACUUAUUUGAUGUCGAUGGGUCUGGAAGCAUUGACGUGAAGGAAUUAAAGAUUGCGAUGAGAGCAUUAGGGUUUGAACCAAAGAAAGAAGAAAUUAAAAAAAUGAUCGCGGAGAUUGACAAAGAAGGAUUCGGCACCAUUAACUUUGAAGACUUUUUCGCCAUGAUGAGUGUGAAAAUGAGUGAAAAGGAUGAAAAGGAAGAAAUUUUGAAGGCCUUCAAAUUAUUUGAUGAUGAUGGCACAGGAAGUAUCACCCUCAAAAAUAUUAAGAGGGUCGCUAAGGAACUGGGAGAAAAUUUAUCAGAUGAUGAACUUCAGGAAAUGCUGGAUGAAGCUGAUCGGGAUGGAGAUGGAGAAGUAAAUGAGCAAGAGUUUUUGAGGAUGAUGAAGAAAACCACUCUUUAUUAAUGCUAAUUCAUUUCUGACUGUUUCCAAACAGGUGUUACUCUUUAUUGUUCCAUAAUUUAAUCCCUAAGUGUUGCCCAUCUCAUUUUCAGAUUAUCCGGAUAGCGUUUUAUCUUUGGGACCAAUUGGAGGCAUGAGAAGACUGGCUUCCAGGAACCUGGCCUGACUCUAAGUGGGGAAUGAAUUCAUGGCAAAGCUUAUUUUGCAAAUCCCAGGUUCAAGAUACAAAACUUCCUCCUUUCCCUUUUCUCAUCUCUCUGAUCCAGGGCUAUAAGGACUAAUAGGCCAGAAAAGAUUUCCAAACAAAAUUCCCCAAGUAAGAAAUGAACUUUCACCUCUUCUCCUUUGCCCAAAUUUUAAAAUAGCGAACAUUUGUUCUCCUUAAACGUAGUUUGUACACAGUGUGAAAUAAAACUAUAUUGCAAGGAUAGCUUAUCAA